AUGUGGUUUUUUCUUAAUCAUUUUACAGUUACAAGUUCGUUAAUGGCUUCCACGAGUAGAGGUUCACCUGAUGAUGAUGGUUACAAAAGGUUUACAGAAGAUAUCCACAAUGUGUCAUAUGGUUCAAAUACAACAAACCCUAUUGACGAAAUGGGGAGCAGAUCGAGCCUUAGCAGAGAUGAUCUUGCGGACAUGGAUCAUUGGGAGAUGAAUUACCACGAAGCAGCAAUAUUUUUAGAGGAAGGAGCAAACAAUGAAAAAUUCGACUCUCACCCCCGUCAUCCUGCAGCAUUACCUGCUUAUCUCUUGGUCCAUAACUCGUGGUAUUAUGGAUUUGACAUUUUUUUCUCUGUUGUAUUAUUGCUUUUAGCUACAGUAGAAAAGCCAUCAUUAGAUAAUUUUGAGUUCCCUGUAGGCAUCCACAGUACAUUGGAAUUAGUGGCGCUGGGUGUCAUCGGUGUAGAGCUGAUGUUAAAAUUAAGAUGGAUAGGCUGGCGUACGAUUUUAAAUCACAAGAGAACCAUGGUGAAGUGUGUGACGCUAUCCAUCAUGGUCCUUGAGGCAAUUACAGUUCUAGUCAGACAGUCUUCCCAUUUUAGAGUCACGAGGGCUUUGAGACCAAUUUUCUUAGUUGACACCAGAGCAUGUGGUGGAGUGCGUAGAUACAUUCGUCAAAUUCUUCAAUCUUUACCUCCAAUUCUCGACAUGUUAGGACUUCUGAUGUUUUUCGUUUGUUCCUACGCACUUCUUGGAUAUUUCUUGUUCAGUGGACAUGAAACAAAUCUGUACUUCCGAACCUUAGGUGACAGCUUCGUUAGCAUGUUUGUGUUACUGACUACAGCGAAUUUUCCAGAUGUAAUGAUGCCUUCUUAUGCUAUAUCAAAAUGGACUGCCGCCUUUUUUAUAUCAUAUAUUUCAACGGUACUCUAUGUAUUAAUGAAUUUGAUGCUUGCCGUGGUAUAUGAAACUUUCACGGGGAUAGAAAAGGAUAAAUUCAGGAAACUUUUAUUGCACAAAAGACAGGCCUGCAAACUUGCAUUUAGACUUCUUGUUAGCAAACAAACUCCGAACCAUAUCAGAUUUAGACAAUUUCAUGGUUUAAUGCGUUAUUAUUCACCAAAGACUAGAUUUAGAGAUGUAGUUCUGAUAUUUCGCCAAUUGAACAAAUCUAAUAGUGGCCAAUUGAACCAGGAAGAAUUUCUGAACAUCUACGACGGUUUAACUUUAAAAUGGAGGAACAAAACACCACUUGAUCCUUGGUUUUCAGCUGCUUGGCCACCAUUGAGAAUGUUUUGCAGAGCGUCUAAAACUGUAGUGACUUGGAGAUUUUUCGAACAUAUAAUUUAUGUUUUGAUCAUUUCAAAUGGAAUCGCUAUGUUCAUAAGAGUUAUGCAAAACUCUAAUUCGUUGGAGGAAGGAGCUAGACUGUUUUGUGCAUCUUGGGAUACAUAUUUGUUCUUAUUUUUCUUUUUGUUCGAGGCUUUACUUAGAAUUGUUGGUCUUGGUUGGUCAGAAUACAUAUCUUCGGGAUGGAACAUAUUUGACCUGUCAGUUACACUUCUAGCACUGACUGGAGCAUUUCUAUUGUCCAUGAUGCCUAAUCUUACUGUGGUAGUUAUCCUAAGACCUCUCAGACUGCUAAGGCUGUUUAAACUGAAGAAAAGGUACCGAGAUAUUUUCGGUACUUUGGUUCUACUCAGUCCACUGAUGUGGUCGACAGGCAUAGUCAUGAUGGUUAUGUAUUAUUUCUUUGCCAUUAUCGGCAUGGAACUAUUUUCUCCGUAUAAUUUAAAAAAUUGUUGUGUUAAUACAACUGUGGAAGAUUUCUACAAAUCCAAUGGCACUUCUAGUGGCAUAGGUUAUUAUUACCUUAACAAUUUUUCCAACUUGCUGAUAUCUGGAGUGACUCUUUUCGAAUUGACAGUAGUCAAUAAUUGGUUUAUCGUAAUGGACGCUUAUGCAUCUGUUACAAACAAAUUUUCCAGGUUGUACUUCAUGUUGUUUUACCUGUUUACGAUGGUUGUGUUGACCAUAGUUGUGGCCUCGGUGUUGGAGGCGUUCAGAUUCAGAAUACAGUACAAGCAGCAGACAUCAAAAAAAGAUGAGGAACUGAUGCUUCACGAAGAAGUUAUAGUGGAUUGGAAUUCUUUGCAAUUACAAGUUCAAGACGUGAGAUUGUUGGAAAAUCUCCAAACAGACUUCGUAGUUGGGGGCGUUGUUGCUUAUAUAGGACGCCGAAGAAGAACUAGAGAAGUACUUCAACAUCACAUGUAUGCUCCAGAAAUCACGCAGUGGUUGGAAGAAGCAGAACAAGCUGAACGAGAUGAUAUUAAUAUGAUAAUAGAAGAAGCACAGAUUAACGCGAGAUUGAUAGCAGCUUAAAGGUUUUUUUUUUAAAUAAUUGCCAGGUUAAAGAAAAGUACGUUGACAGCGAAUCGUAUAUUUCAAACGAUAUUUUGCGAAGGAAUGUAGUAGGCAUUAGUUGCAACUAUGCAAUUUAAUUUGACUUGCGACUCAAAUUAUUCCUGAAAUAUAGGUUUGGUUAUUGAUAAUACAACGCAUAUCGGUAAGGAACGUAAUAAAUAAUAUGUAGGUAAUACAGAGAUACGCUUCAAUGUCUCUUGGUUUUCUACCAACUGUACGUGUUGUUCCCCUCAACUAUUAUUAGGUUCCUUUGCGUUUUUGAUGGUCGGCCGAUUUACUUUGGAUUAUUACCAAGUCUAUAGGUGCAAUUUCUAAACGCUCUUCUAUAUUUUUUUAUUUUGGUAGCUUCGAACAAUUUCGUGAAAAUUAAUGAUUAAUAUAGGGUAUCCCAUAAUUUUUUGCUGUUUUUUAACUGAAAUAAAACAAAUGAUUUUGCCUAAAAUAUAUUAAAUAUAAUGUGACAAUGUUAAUAAUAAACGCGGAUUUUAAUUUCUUAAAAACAAUGUUCUCCAGAUGUCUUCCUUCUCCUUUCACACAUUCUUGAAGUCUGGACCUUGAAUUGUAAUAAACAGCUCGUAUUAUUUCCUCUGGAAUAGCAUUUUAGCCUGAAUUCGCAAUUUGAAGGUCCCCAGAGUGCGUGAUGGUGUUUCGUACACCUUGGAUUUUAGAUAGCCCUACAAAACAAUCCAGGGGAGUUAUGUUAUGUUGGGAAUGGGGUGUUAAUACACUGCGACCUAAAAGAUCUAUUCUGCUCCCUUCUGUCGCCAAUGCACCAAGAAAAUGUCUCAAUGCCUAUAACGACCCUUCCAAUCCUAUUUCCUUAAGGAAGUGUAGGAUUUGGAGUGGCUUCGUUAGGUAAAUCUCCCUCUUCUAUUUGAUAUCCUCCUAGAUAUAGUGCCCUUGGAUUCUGGAGUGCUACACAUUCAGUUAGGAUGUGAAUGGAGGUUUCGUCCUCACAUAAUCUGCACUCACUAUCCUGUACUACUCUCAGUUUACUUAGUUGUCUUUUUAGUCGGCAAGUAAGGAUCCCUGUUACGUAGCCUGUUCUUGCUCAGGCAGAUGCAGGCUUCCGAUCUUUUCUGGUUAUAUUCACCCAUAAGUAUCUUGGCCUGUCUCAGACCCAAGAGAUUGUUCCAAUUAUCGGUUCUUCUACUGCCCAAUUCUUUUUUAAGCUCUCCUAAUAUGUUACUGCUGAUACCGCAGAACGGCUCAGGUCCUACAAAGGGUGUUUAAGCCCCUUUCCUUGCAAGACUAUCUGCAAUCUCGUUACCCUUACUCGUUAUGUCCCGGGACCCAAGUGAGAGUAACUCUAUUUUUCUCGCCUAGCUCAUUCAAUUGUUCUAGGCAUCUCCAGACCAUUUUUGAGCUGAUUACGUAAGAGCUCAGCACUUUGAUGGCUACUUGACUAUCGGACAUGAUGAUAAUCUCUUGCCUAUGAUAGUUUCUCUCGAUGUUGAACUGGAUACACUUCUCGAUGGCGUGAAUUUCCGCCUGGAAGAUGCUUUGGGUAUUUUCUCAAGUUUUCGGAGUGCUUGGUUCUUGGCCCAUACACUCCUAUUCCAGUUCCUUCUAUGGUUUUGGUACCGUCCGUAUACCACUGAAUAGCACGUCUUUCGGUUGCAAGCGCGAUGGAUUCUUGGCUCCAUUCUUUCUUGCAGCCCAGCUCUGUGGUUUUGAAGUUUUUCACAAAACUGUACUUCUUUAGCAUUUCAUCCUGGGGCAUGUCCCAGGUAUCUUUAGUCUUGAAGCAAAUAGACUUUCGUCUGAUUACUCUAUUUCUGAUUAUUUUAUAUCGUGUUCUUUUUGCCACAUUCUCUAUCAUCAAAUGUAGAGGCGUGCGGAUUAAGAUCACCUUCAUUGCGGCUGUAGGCAGGUUCUCAUUGCACCAGUAUUGCAAACAUAGGCUAGUUUUUGUACGUUUUGAGAUAUUAGCUCUCGUAGUAGUUAAACUAGUUUUGUUACUCCAGGCUAUAGCUCCGGUAAGUGAUGAUUGGUCUCACUAUUGCAGUAUACAUCCAUCGCAGUGUGUUCGGGUUACAUCCCCUUCGUUUACCCGCAAUGUUUCUGCAUACCAUUAGGGCUUUUGUGGCCUUAUUUACUACUUCCUUCUCAUAUAUGUUCCAGAGAAGUUUGUUGUCCAGGGUUAGACCUAGAUAUUUGAGUUCAUUUUUCCAUUCUAUAUCUAUCACAUUAGUGGGGAUAGAACUCCUCCUUGUGUACAUCCUCUGGUUGUGCAGAUAGAGAUGGUGUCCUGCCCUAUAUGUGUCUGCAGUUCUCGUAGAUAACAGCUGAGCCAUCCAUCUGGAUGUGAUGUUAUCUACUCCUCUGUAUGCAAGUGCUCUUUUUACAGAUUCGUGUGGCGUGUUGUCAAAAGCUCCUUCUAUGUCUAGGAAGGUAUCCAGGGGAGUUAGAUCAGGACUUCUUGGGGCCAACGUAUGUCACCCCACUUUGAAAAAAUAUCUAGUAGCGUUGCCAAAGAUCUGACGGUGCGGGCUGUGGCACCAUCUUUCUGAAACCAGGUAUUGUUACUAAAUAACCCGCAACCUUCCUCGACCUGGCAAAUUCAGAGUCGCACUUAUAUUUAACGUCGCCAAACUAGCGCUCUCUAAAAACAACAAAAUAUUAUGGGACACCCUUUAUAAUAUAAUAAUGUGCAAGUUUUGUAUCGUCAGGAUUUCACCAGCUGAA